GCGGUGCCCACACUGCAGUGUACGUCUAGUGUUUGUAUAGUAUUCGACAGUCUGUAGAACUGAGGUGGUGGUCAGUGAGUGAGUGUGCUUCGACCGUAAAACUCAGUUUUAAUCCAUGUGCCGGGAAAACGUUUUGUCGCCGGUAGUCGGGACUAUGUGCCAAGAAUUGAAAAUGAAAACCAAAAGAAAAUGUUACAGAAAAUCCCCGUUGUCGAUGCCCAAAGAGAUGAGAGAGAGGAGCAGAAAUGCGGCAAGGACACGUAGGGAGAACGAGAAUGCCGAAUUCCUAGAGUUGGCCAAACUCUUGCCAUUACCAGCGGCCAUUACUAGCCAAUUAGAUAAAGCUUCAGUCAUCCGGUUGACCACUAGCUACUUAAAAAUGAGACACGUCUUCCCUAACGGUUUGGGUGACGCUUGGGGUGCGGCGACUCCAGCAAGCCAUGCAAAAGAAGCUUGCAUUAAAGAGCUUGGGUCAUAUCUACUACAGGUAAAUAUAUUAAAGAGUCUUGAUGGUUUUAUAUUCGUCGUAGGCGGCGAUGGUAAGAUCAUGUAUAUAUCCGAAACAGCUUCUGUUCAUUUGGGGUUGUCACAGGUGGAAUUGACUGGUAAUAGUAUAUUUGAAUAUAUCCAUCAAGCCGAUCACGAUGAAAUGAUAUCAGUGCUUAGUCCACCUCUUCCUCAAAAUCUUCCAGCGGAGAACAUGAUGAUGAAUUCGACAGUAUUUGAACUUCCACGUGUAUUUUUUUUACGAAUGAAAUGUGUAUUGGCAAAACGGAACGCUGGGCUUACAACAGGAGGAUAUAAGGUUAUUCACUGUUCUGGUUACUUGAAAGUGAGACAAUACCCAGCCGGAAUGCCUGGGAUAGAAACCGUUGGCCUAGUUGCAGUUGGCCAUUCGUUACCUCCACAUGCCAUCACAGAGAUUAAAUUGCAUUCGAAUAUGUUUAUGUUCCGUGCGAGUUUGGACUUGAAGCUCAUAUUUCUAGAUGCCAGAGUGUCUCAGCUGACAGGAUAUGAACCUCAGGAUUUAAUCGAAAAGACACUUUACCAUUACAUACAUGGCAGUGAUAUUCAUAACAUGAAACUCUCGCAUCACACGCUGUUAUUGAAAGGCCAAGUUACCACGAAAUACUACAGGCUGUUGGCCAAAGACGGUGGUUGGGUGUGGGUUCAAAGUUACGCCACUAUAGUCCAUAAUAGUAGAUCUUCGAGGCCUCAUUGUAUAGUUAGCGUAAAUUACGUACUGAGUGAGUCCGAAAUGAAAGACGUUUGCUUGUCCGUGAGCAACAACGGUUGCGCGACAUCUCAGAACGGCAAUGAAGACGCGGCAAUACAAAACAAGCCCAGCAAAGCGCAACAAAACCAAAGACAAUCGAAUCAAAAUCACAGGUAUCACAGGCCACCAGUGGUCACCGACGAAGAGUACAGUGAUUCCAGUGGUGGACUUUACAAUGACUACGUGAGCAGUAAUAGUGAACCGCAAUCGCUGGUCAACGGUCCCGUCGGCGGCGGCGGCGGUGACGGCACGGGUCACCAUCACCCGCCUCACCUGAACAUCAUUCCCGCGGCCAACAUGUACACGGUCGAAGAGUACAACAUCUAUCCAGAACUCUUCUACCCGUACGACCAGACGUGCCCGCGGCCGUUCAGCUCUGCCUCCAGCUGCUCCAGUUCGAACGAGAGCGACCGGAUGCAGCUGGCGCAUCAAGCCGGCGGCGGUGGAUAUACGCCGCCCGCGGCCAUGCUCAUGAGCGCCACUGGCCACCACGACGACCAUCACGCCGCGGCCGCGUACCAGGCGUUAACGCCUAUCGGCGCCUCGCUGCCCGUCACUGUCGUCGGUCACCACCACGGUGUCAUCGUCGAUAACCAGCACUACACCGCCGUCAACGAAUACGUCCACUGAUCGCUCGCCGCCGGACGUACACACUCAAAACGUCAUGACACGGAGUAGCUGCAGUCUUUUCGUUCUAACGCGAAACGGCAGCGACUAAGUAUAGGAUAUUUAUAUGACUAUAUAUAUAAUAUGUAAAUUGUACAUAUAUAAUAUAUAUAUAUAAAGUUAAACAUGUAUGAUUACAUACAAAUAUAUAUACCUAUAUAUAUAAUUUAGCUUAGGUAAUAUAAAAUAGUAAUAAUUAUGUUGUAUAAAUAGGUAUAUUGUACGAGUAGAGCGAUGGCGUAUGAAAUAUCGCUAUCGGACACUCUUGUUCUUGUACCAUAUACCUAAAAUAUAAAAUAAUGAUGUGUUGUGCGCGGGAUUGUUCGAUCGGACGCCGCGGGCAGUGUUGUCAUUCGUGUGUUGUAGGCGUGUGCCCCGCUCUAAGGGUUGGACGGGCAGUUCUGCUGGUUGUUCAGAGACCAUGCGUGUUCGCCGCAUUUAUAAUAUUUCGAGUUCACGGCUACAUGUGACGCUCGAGGCGUAUAUAUGGUCAUACCUAUGUCGAGCAGCCAAAGACGUGACGCGAGCUAUAGACAUUUAAUGUACAAAAAUAACACCACGAGCACAUAUUUUUGUGCAUAAAUUAUCUUCGUGCGUGUUCUAUCAUUCCACCACUUAUAGCCAAGUCGUAUUUGUGGGCCCAUGUCGAUUAUAUGAAAUCAUAAAAGUAUAAUCUACCUGGAAUCGGGAUUGACGUGUCAAAGUCGAUAAUAAUAUCUGCUUACCCACAAAAGUCAUACCUAUAUAUAAGAUAUUGUGUAUCCGAAAACAACUUAAACUUUUUUUUACUUACCAAACAUAUACAUUGAAAUUUUUCAAAAAA